AUCACUGGGAACUUGUGUGUAUAAACUUACCACAAGAAUGCAGCGCGUCAGGCAAGGGAGCGCGAGCACAGACAGAAGGCUCUUUCUUAAACUAGGUGGGCAGGGCAGGGAGAAGUGACACUGCCCUCGGAGAGUGACACACAGGGAGAAAGAGAGAGAGAGAGGAGGGAUAGGGAGUGAGGCCGAAAGAUCACCAUUCAACACAGACCAGGUACGUGGGGCUAUACUGAGCUUAGGAUAUCAACAGAAAGUGCCAAGAAACAUUACAGAGGAGAUAGACAAGUGGGAAAAGGAGCUUAGAUCCAGACUGGAUUUCUAUCGCGUUUACUGAAAAUGUCCUCAUUCCAUCACUUUUCCCAGAGUCAGGGGAGAGUGGAUUAAAAUAGAAAGGCGACUCCAGAGGACGUGAGGUGGUAUCCCGAAUCCCGAUAGAGGAAACAAACUGCGACAACAGGCGAACUCCACAGACUUUCCAAACACAGCAAAGGAAGAUCCGAAUCAUCACAGAAACUGAAGAAUUUCAAAGGAAAACCCACCUCUCUCAUAAACAAUUUAUCAUUGGUCUUCCAACUUUCAUAAGCAACUCUUUGGUCUUAAAACCUCCAGAUGAGGCCAUUAACGAAUAUGGGGAGGAUAUAGAGAUCAUCCGUGCAUCAAAGAUUUUUCUAGACUCUUCUAAUCCUUCCUUCAUCAAAUGCUUGUUAUGACUGGUAUGCCCGUAUUAUAUCAGCUGCAUCUUCAAUGUUAUAAGUUCACAAGCAAACUGAAACCAACACUUCAAGAGAAACCGCCACAAACAUCCAGUGGGUGACAACCCCUUGUUCACUACCGCGGUUCGGCUCAUUGCCAGACAGAUGACCCUCGAGAGGAAAUGUCACUGACACACUUUCGGUGAACCAUGAAGGAAGAAAUCUUGAAUUUUUUCUGUGAUUUGUGGAGAGUGGCCACCGCCAAACAUGACCAAGGGGUCUACAACACGGUGUGUCUGGUGGUGCUGUUAGCCCUGCCCAUGGUGGUGCUCCUCACCUCCCUGGUGGUGUGCUGCCACUGCUGCUGCUGUCGCCAAACCAACCGGGCCUGUUGCUGCAGAGGAAGCCCCGGCUCGGCCAUGGCCAAGUCGGAGAAGAAGAAAAAGAAGAGGAGUCCCAACAGCGAGGACUUGUGGAUCUCGGUCAAAGCGGGACCCAUGACCCCGGACAGAGUUGCCCUGACAAUGGUCUAGCAGUAGUGGUGGUGUGGGCAUACUGUAUAUGUUUUUUGUAUUUAUGUGAGGCUCUUCUCUUUUUUUUUUUACUGCAAGGUACAGAAACAUAAUGCCAGGUGCUGGUGUUUAUAUAUGCUCUGCAGACCCGCUGGAAAGAGAAUAAAAGAGAAGACAAAACGUGUGCCUGUCUGUGUGUGUGUGUGUGUGUGUAUUAUUGUUUUUUUUCCAUGUGCGUGUGUGUGUUUUGGAGUGAUCAUAUGCGUUCAUGUGUUAGUGUUGUGUUUCAUAUGAAAUUCAGUGUCUUCACAUUUGGGCUACCAGUUGUUUCAAGACUGCUUUCAAUUUCCAAUGCUGGAGGCUAGCAAUCUACUACAAUGAUUUUAUUAAGAGACGAAGUUUGAAUAGGCUUCACCAUGUCAAGUUCAAAGGACUUGCAGUUAUUGCACUUACAAUGGGAACUUAUGUAACUCUUUCACUUUCAUAUAUUUUGCUGUACUUGCUUCUUCCACAGAAGAGAGAUCUCAGUUCUUUUUAUGAGUAUCAAAGAGAACAAUGUGAAGCACUUGAGAUGAUAUCUUUCAGUAGCAACUAUCAAUGCAAAUGCUUCGCUCCCUGUAUAGAUGUGGAUGACCCUGAAGACACAACCCAUAAAGCAUCCAGCGUUGCCGCAGAGUUUUCAACCCAAACCUUGCCACCUUACCUGUAGAUUGAUGACAGGAUGCUGGGUACUUUUUAGCACUGCACCUAUUAAUUCAUAAAAUGUCUUUGUGUAGCUAGCUCUAGGCUCUAAGACCUAUCUGGUUUUGAGUGGAUUCCUCUGCCAUCUUCAUCUCUCAGUGCCAUUCGCCAUCAUUUAAUAUUUAAUGCUAUUUACUGUCACGUCAUGGUUGAGUUAGGUAUAUAGCGUUUUCAUCCUUGCCAUCAUUCAGUAUUUUCUCAACCGUUCUGUUGAUAAAAAAUAAAAUGCCAGUGAUCUGUAUUCAACUAGCAGCAUAUAAUGUAUUUCCCAUUUACAAGUCUGGUGGCGAAUCAGUUGUGUUUUUUAUUCAUUGGUUUUCCGUAUUUUGAGACUAAUAGGCAUCAGAAUGAGUUACAUUCAGCUAUAAGUCAGAGGGUGGGAAAAUACUUUUCCUUUGCAAAGUUUUCCUUUUUAAUUCAUAGGAUCAUGGGGGGAUUUGCCAUUCAUUUGAACAGUAAAGCUGCCAUGGUAGACAGUUUGACAUUCUAUCAUUGUGAUGUUUGAUUGGGCCCAUUUGGGAAUCAGUAUGUCUAUGCUGUUAUGACUUUACAAAAAGCUGAGGUAAUAAUCUUUCUAAUUAUGAGACCAGACCAGACUAACUCUUGUAUGCAUCACUUCUGUCAUUGGAUUUUGCGUUGCCGAUAUGGAGAAUCAUUUUCUAGCUUUGUUUAUUCUUUGUCAGUUGGCUCAUGUUUAGUACACAAUAUUUACAAUUAGAUAAACAAAUAAGAUACAGUAUUGAAGGGAAAGUGUGGGUGUUUACAUGUAGAGCUAUUUCAGUUAUUAAUCAUGUUCCUGCCUCAAAAGUAUUUUGUCAACCCCCACUUGUUACUGCACACCACUGUUUGACUACGUUGACAUAUGAAACCUAUCUUUGCUUGGAAGGAGAUCACAGAUAGAUUCCUGUUCUCUGUGUUUGUUGUACAAUUUGAUGCCACCUCUACAGGGAUCUGGACAGUUUAAUCAUAAUUGAAUCGGAUGUUUGUCAACCGGCACCCAGCAUUAGGAGUCCCACUGUCUGAAUGUUUGAUCUCUUGUUGUUCUGAUGAAUAUCUGAUGAAUAUACUGUUUGUAUAUGUACUUACUGUAUAUACCUUCUGCAAAUACACUGAUACACUUAUCUUCAAAAGUGUUUGGACAGUGACACAUUAUGGAGUUAGUUUCUUUGCUCUGAAUUCCAGAAAUUAAGUUAACAGGGUUAAAAUGCUGAUUCCCAGCUUUAACUGGGCAUUUUCGCUCCAUACUGAAUUGGCCGUUCAGCAUUUACGGCACAUGGUGUACAUAGUUUCCCCAUUUAUAUAGAGAUCCAUCUCUGAAGCAGUGACUAGCUAAUUAUGUGUGUUGAGUAGGAUGUGGGGGUUUCCUGCUCCCUGUCAGACAUUCACUGUGGCUGAGUGUGACAGCUCCAACAGGCCCAGACAUAUAGACAUGCAGUGGAAAGUCUCUGUGGGCUGCAGACAGCUUGUCUGCCGUGAGACACCCCACCCACUCCCCCUCUAAACAAACACACCUUGUUCAUUCAAAUACUACACUACCACUCAUGGAAAACGA